AUGGAAAAUAAUGGUUCCACGAGCACCAUUGAAUUGAUUAACCCUGGAGUCAUGCUCAAGCAGCCGAUUCAGUUCCAGGCGGAAGACCUUGCCGAAAUAGUCGAUCUCUGCUUUUCUGUCGAGCCGCUCAUACUCCAGCAACUCGGAGAACAUCCAAGGAUCGUGAGAUAUCUCGGGCAGCAUGGCCGCGGUCUACUGCUCGGUCAGGCGAGCCACGGCAAUCUCCAAGCCUAUAUUGACAGCAACCCUUCGAUCAACUUGCGUCAACGAAUGUUAUGGUGUCAACGAUUGGCCGAAGCUAUCUCCUAUGUUCAUAAUCGCGGCGUCGUUCACUCGGAUCUUCGCCCAGCAAAUGUUCUUGUUCACGAAAAUCGACAAUUGGCCAACUGGAAACUACAGGAAAGUAAGGCGGGUAAGGACGGCAAGGAUGGCAAGGAUGGCAAGGAUGGCAAGGAUGGCGAGGACGGCAAGGAUGGCAAGGAUGGCAAGGACGGCAAGGACGGCAAGGAUGGCAAGGACGGCAAGGAUGGCAAGGACGGCAAGGAUGGCAAGGACGGCAAGGACGGCAAGGACGGCAAGGGUUUCUAA